AUGGGUCGUUUCACAGCGGUCGCACUUCUCCUUGCUCAGCUGAUUGCCAUCUCACUUGCGUGUAUCAGCUCUAGUUCUGGUCGCCCCGGUGGCGUAGAUUUAUCCGACAACACGGAGUUCUACCCAGAAUACGACAAGUCACGCGGCUUCAUUGGUCUCGGGCUUGAACACCGCCCUAGCCAUGACGUGGAUAUUAACGUGAGACCCAGAGUCGAUAUCAGCGAUGUUCUGGACGGAAGAUUUCGACCACACGGCGAUGUUGAACUGCAGUACCGGCCGAAUGAAAACACCAAGGUGGACGUUAAGGUCGGCUUGGAUCCAAAUGGUGAGCCACGCGUGAACGCUGGAUUCACUGUCCGCUUCAGGCGCAGCAUCGAAAAUGAUACCUUGGUCAAUAUCGACAUCAGCGGGAAACUCUUCGAAGUACUCGACCUCAACGGUGACGACCAGCUUGAUGUUAAAGAAUGGUUCGAUGACGGAGGUAAAGUCAGACCAUUUGCUGACAUGAUCGGUGAUCACGACAAUAACUCUGAUGAGAUGAUCUCGCUUGAAGAGUUCCUCGCCAUUCCUGUCGAUCCUGCUCUCAUCGUGGCCAUCGACCAGAUUAUGAGGGGCGACCACGACUAAAACCAUUGACGUCAUAAUGGACGAUGCCGACCCCUUCCCUCGGUUGGAAACGCUCUAGAUCAUCCUUAUUACAGGGGCGGGAAUUUCCUAUCUAUGCUUAUUCAGUUUGUGCGUUGUCGUGCGUAGAAGGACAAGGGUGGGGCUUAUGGGGUGGGCCGUAGAAAUAGUACCAUGGCUAUGGAUGGCAAGAAAUAAAGUAAGAGGUAAUUGAAAUGUGGGUUGCCGAAUCAAUGAAGAGAACAAUAACUUCUCCUUGAUGUCGUAAAUGUAUGACUUGUGUAGAAAUUAGGUAAUUAUUUUUUAGUAAUACCAUUUUAAUUACUAUUUUUUCGUUUUAGAAGGGAAGGGGAUAUGCGGGUUUAAGCCUUAAUUGCGGCCAUGCACUUCCAUGCUCUAUACUCGCUUUUUUAAAAUUUAUAAUAAUGCGAUAUUAAAUUUUACGUUUGGACAUUUAUAACUGUGGAUUUAAGAAAUAUUUCAUGUUGACAUUAAACCUAAUCGACUUUGAAUUUGGUUUGUAUUGCAACUAAUGUAAUUUCAUGCAAAGAUUUGCAGUUUAUAUCAAGUCGUGAUUGAAAUUAAUAAACUUUGGCAUAUCAUUUA